AGAAGGUUGAUGUUCUUUUUUGUUGGUGGUGGAAGAUGAACGGGCGUGGUCCCCCGGGUCUGAUCGGGGAGAUCAAGGAUACCACACAGCCCGGCCCCGGGUAGCAACCUACAUACCCCUUCAAAAACCAAACUUGAAUAUUUUGUUUGAAGAAAAAGCACGACGGUAUGGCUAGUCCAAGGAUCGAUGUGAAGCCCAACCUCCACUCGCCCCCACCGAGCCAACCGAAGACGACGCCGCCGUCGAGCGGCUCAGCUACCCCGAGCGUUAACAAUCACCACAAGAGACUAGGAUGUGUGCACCAACCGAGCCGGUUAUGGAACGACGAGAACGACCAAGUGAUCAAGAACCUGCUCGGGAUCCUCAAGGCCCUCGAAGCCGCACCCCCCGCUUCCUCCAAUCAGCCCCUUCUGGCUGCCUUCUGUCUCCGUUGUCGGACGGCUACUUCCCCCAGACUCGUCUGUCUCGGCUGCGCUGCUGUCCUCUGCUUCGAUAACCUCGAUCGGCCCGCCCUCAAACCUUGUUAUCUUUCAGGCCAUUCUACUAAAUCCUCUAAAUGUCUCCUCGGCUUGGACUUGAGUUGUAGAGAACUGAUCUGCAUGGUCUGUGGGACGAUCGUCCAGCCGGACGACCAUGAGCUCAAGAUCCUAAGCCGCCGACUAUUCCCACAGGUGAAGCGAGCGUAUGCGCCGGGCUGUGUUGGACGGACGACGAGCACGAUUAUGGCGCCCCGAGGCUUCCGGAACCUGGGCAACAGCUGCUACAUGAACGUGAUCCUCCAGAUCCUCCUGCGGAUCCCCGAGCUCCAGGGAUACCUGCUCACGGACCACCAUAACCGGCUCAAACAUCGCUCCGCUGACGAGGUCUGGUGUUGCGCCUGCGAGCUCAUCGACAUCCUCCAGCUCCAUCAUCUCCAGCUGUCCCAACUCCAGCAGAAUCGCUCCAAGGCUCUCGCCCCCGCUGAGCCCAUCAGUCCCGUCGGCUUCCUCUAUGCCCUCUGGCUCAACUCCGGCGACGGCGAAGAGUUUGCUGGCUAUCGCGAAUCGGACGCCCAUGAAUGCUUGCUCGCCUGUUUGAACCAACUACACACGGCGACCCAAGUGCCGACGCCGCAGGCCGGAGCCCAUGCCGUCGGCCCGGCGUCCGGAUCGACAACAACACCAACCACGAUUGCCGCCGCCGCCACCACCACGAUAGCUUCCGGGCCGCCGAGCAGCGCUGGCGAACCUACCACUCGCUGUCAAUGCCCGAUCGAUCUCUUGUUCAGAUGCGAAUUGACCAGCCAAGUCGUCUGCGGUAGUUGUCGAAAGACCAGCUACAAGGUCGACCCUAUCCUCGACCUUUCGCUCGAGAUCGGCCAUCUCAAUCAUCUCGAAACCCUCCGGCUCGAGGAUUGUCUUCACAGUUUUACGAAAGCAGAGCGACUGAAAGAGAAGUGUUACACCUGCCAUCAAUGUUCGGUGGCGUCGCCUGAGACGACGAAGUCGCUGACGAUCUCCCGGCUGCCUCACAUCCUUUGCAUCCAACUCAAAAGAUUCGAACACCAUCUUUCAUCCGCUUCGAAGCUCGAUCGGUUCGUAAAGUUCCCGUUAGUGUUGGACAUGAAGCCGUUCGCGUCUCCAAACCUUGCCGAGAAUCGUCCCGAUCUUCUUUCUUCGGAUGUCGACGGAUAUUAUUAUAAAUUAACUGGAAUCGUGAGACAUCAAGGAAACGUGUCAUCGGGACAUUACCAAGCGAUAAUAUACCAAGACGAGCAGUAUUUCUGUUUUAAUGAUGAAUCAGUGUCGAUUUUGAGACUCGAAGAAGUCCUGAAAGUCGAGGCGUAUAUCUUAGUCUACACCUUCAUCCUCCCCUGA